CUGACCACUAAGCUUUUAGCCUUCCAGGUCCUGGGUCUGUCUUUAGGGGUGAUGGGCUGGUGUCUGGAGAACAGCGACACUAGUUCCUAUUCCUGGAGGGUCCACAGCCACUCUCAGGCUGUCACAACCAACAACUGGCAGUUUGAGGGCCUGUCAAGCUGCCUGCUCACAGGCUCCUCACUAGCCAAUGACUACUGGAAGAUGUCCUCAGUGUCUGUCAGUGUCAUCGUAUCCACACGUCAGUUCCAGAAUCUAUUUCACUCGUGUGCCGAGAACAGCGCCGGCAUUAGGAACUGGAAAGACUUUGAGUCUAUGCUCGCUCUGCCUGGUUUCUUCCUGUGGUCAGAUUACAUACAGGCAUGUCGAGCCCUGAUGAUCAUCGCUCUGCUCCUGGGUCUAGCGUCCAUCAUUGUGUCAGUGCGGGGGCUGAAAUGCACAGAGAUCGGCAGCACUUCUGAACAGGUCAAGGGCGAAAUCACUCUGUCCUGCGGCAGCUUGUUCAUCUUAUCAGGUCUUUCCACCUUGACUGCUGUGUCAUGGUACGCUGCGCGGGUGGUGCAGGAGUUCCAUGAUCCAUUCCUUGCAGGAGUAAGGUGAA